GUUGCUGCAACUUCUCCUACUUUGGAAAAGUUGAGUUGGCCGAUCUGAUCGUGGGUAAAGCCACCAGCUUUUUUUCUCUUUCCACAGACACCGUCAGCUUCCAAGCCUGCUUUACUUUAUCAUGCUUAACAGUCAUGUUGUCCAUCUGCUCUUUCUUCUCUGCAUCGGAUUUGCUGCCCAGUCUGAGCUGGAGACAGACGAAGUAGUGCCGAGGCUGCUGUAUGGGCAGGAGGCGCACCUGUCCGAUUACGCCCCGCAACGCCGCGGUCAGCGGUCCCUGGACGCCCCGAGGGAAGGACGCUAUGACCCUGAAAACAUCAUUCUGUUACUGCCCGCUUUUGGAAGCAACCUGUAUUUAAACCUAACGCGGGACAGCACGUUUCUGUCGAGGGACUUUGUUGUGGAGGAGAGGCACAGGGACCAACGCGCAGUGGUAAACCGCUUAUCCAAGAACCAGCUAUGCUUUUAUUCUGGCUCUAUCAUCAACCACACGGAUUCUCUGGCAUCAGUGAGCACCUGCAGUGGUCUGACUGGGUUUAUCCAGAUUGGGGAGGACAGCCUGUUUAUCCAGCCUGUUGGUGAACAAGACCCAUCCCAGUCAUUCUCCGGUCUUAAACACCAGCUGCUGCGACACCAACGUUCAGCCAAGACAGACUCUGCUCUACAUGGUGUGCAGCCCAACUACUGUGGGACUGUACAAGGAAAGAAGAAGGAAAAUAGGUCAAAAGAGAGUGAGGAGGGUCGUGGGAAGAGAAAUGCCAUUCGCCUGCAUGAAAUCUACACUGUGGAGACAGUGGUGGUGGCAGAUUCGGACAUGGUCCAGUACCAUGGAGCUGAGGCAGCACAGAGGUUCCUGCUGACUGUUAUGAAUAUGGUUUUCAACAUGUUCCAUCACCCAAGUCUCGGAGUAAGACUUGACAUUCGAGUCACCAAGUUGGUUCUGCUUCACAGCCGCCCAGAAAAACUAAAGGUGGGCCAUCAUGGAGAAAGAUCUCUGGAGAGCUUCUGUCACUGGCAGUAUCGGGAAUUUGGGGGGCCUUGGUAUCUUGGUACCAACCAUGUUCCUGGUGGAAGGGAUGAUAUCCCACCAGUGGAUACUGCUGUACUGGUCACCAGAACAGAUUUCUGUGUUCAUAAAGAUGAGCCAUGUGAUACUGUGGGUAUUGCUUAUCUAGGUGGUGUCUGCAGUGCCAAGAGGAAGUGUGUGUUAGCUGAGGACAAUGGUCUCAAUUUGGCUUUCACCAUUGCUCAUGAGUUGGGACACAACAUGGGAAUGAGCCACGAUGACGACCAUACCACCUGCACUGGCUACUCCCAUAUAAUGUCUGGCGAAUGGGUGAAAGGAAGAAACCCCAGUGACCUAUCCUGGUCAUCCUGCAGCCGCACCGACCUAGAGAAUUUCCUCAGAUCCAAAACUAGUGCCUGCCUACUUCACACAGACCUCAGGAGGCGUUAUCAGGUCCGGCUGCCUCCCAAGCUGCCCGGCAUGCACUACAGUGUAGACGAGCAGUGCCAGAUCCUUUUUGGAACCAAUGCAACUUUCUGCAAUGAAAUGGAGCACCUUAUGUGUGCUGGCCUGUGGUGUUUAGUAGAGGGAGAUGCAUCCUGCAAGACCAAACUGGAUCCUCCUCUGGACGGAACAGAGUGUGGAGCAGACAAGUGGUGCAGGGCAGGUGAGUGUGUCAGUAAGACUCCCAUCCCUCAGCAUGUGGAUGGUGACUGGAGUCCAUGGAGCCAGUGGAGCAUGUGCAGCAGGACCUGUGGUACUGGAGUCCAGUUCAGACAGCGGAAAUGUGACAACCCUCCACCUGGUCCAGGUGGGCGACAUUGCCCACAGGCCAGUGUGGAACACAAGGCCUGUGAAGGUCCUCCUUGUCCCAAGGGGACCCCCAGCUUCAGAGACCUGCAGUGUCUAUCCUACGACCAACAAGCCAAUAAGAAGAAGGGCGGCAUGCUGACUGCUAUUAUUAAUGAUGAGAAGCCAUGCAUGUUGUUCUGCAGCCCAGUUGGCCGAGAUGUCCCAGUCCUGACGGCUGACAGAGUAAUAGAUGGGACUCCAUGUGGACCGUAUGAGGCAGACCUGUGUGUUAAUGGGAGAUGUCAGAAAAUUGGUUGUGACAGCAUCAUUGGCUCAUCUGCUAAGGAGGACCGCUGUGGUGUUUGUAAUGGAGAUGGACGGUCCUGUAAAAUAGUGAGAGGGGACUUCAACCACACUAAGGGAAUGGGUUAUAUCGAGGCUGUGGUCAUCCCUGCGGGAGCUAGAAGGAUCAAAGUAGUGGAGGACAAACCUUCACAUAGCUUCUUGGCUCUUAAAGACUCCAGUAAGAGGUCCAUCAACAAUGACUGGAAAAUUGAACUUCCAGGAGAAUUUGAGCUGGCCGGGACCACAGUGCGCUAUGUUAGAAGGGGAAUAUGGGAGAAGAUGUCUGCCAAGGGACCCACUAAUACUCCUUUACAUCUAAUGGUGUUGCUCUUUCAUGACCAAAGCUAUGGGAUCCACUAUGAGUACACAGUGUCUCUAAACACAAAUCAGGACAGGAGCAGUGAGGAACAGAGGGAACCAGAGUAUCUCUACAUCUGGACGCACAAUAGCUGGCAAGACUGUAAUGUCCAGUGUGGAGGAGGUGAAAGGAGGACAGUGGUUUCCUGUAUGAAGAUAAUCAACAAAUCAAUGGAGGUUGUCAACGAUAGCUACUGUCAACCUGAAAACCGACCCCAACCCCAAGUACGACUCUGCAACUCUCAUCCCUGCCAGUACCGGUGGGUGACAGGUGAGUGGGGACCCUGUUCUGUCACUUGUGGUAAAGGUCUUCAGCGGAGGGAGGUGUUGUGUAUUUACCACCUACAGAAUGGUUCAGUCAUCCACACCAGGGACCUGUACUGCCAAGGAGGAAAACCUCCUGUUCUACAGGACUGUGAGGGCCGUCUUUGCCUCACAGUGUGGGAGGCUUCAGAAUGGUCCAAGUGUUCAUCAAAUUGUGGUCAAGGUAUCCGUAGACGAACAGUGUUGUGUACAAACCCUCAGGGUCUGUGUGAUCCAUUGUCCCAGCCAACCCAAGAGGAAUCCUGUGAAGAUUACUCCAGAUGUUAUGAAUGGAAAACUGGAGAGUGGUCCAAGUGCUCAUCAUCCUGUGGAAAGGGACUGCAGUCACGGGUGGUUCAGUGCAUGCACAAAGUGACUGGUCGACAUGGUAACAACUGCUCUAUGAUGCUGAGACCGCCAACAUACCGAUCCUGUGACCACGGUUCUUGUAAUGAGAAAAUUAAUGUGAAUACCAUCACCUCCCCUAGGCUAGCUGCUCUGACCUACAAGUGCAUGGGGGACCAGUGGACAGUUUAUUGUCGUGUAAUCCGAGAGAAGGACCUCUGUCAGGACAUGAGGUGGUACCAGCGCUGCUGUGAAACCUGCCGGCUCUUUUAUGCCAAGAAAAUACUGCACAAGAGCUAAUAACCAAAUUCACAUACUUUCCUCCUUUGUUGUUAAUGCUGAUAAAUCUUCAGUUAAUGGGUUUUUUGGAAUUUAAAACAGAAAAUGGUAAGUACACACAAAGGUACAUGUGAAACAAGCACAUUAAGCUUCUGGUUUGAAAAUGUCCAAUUUUUCAUUGGCUAUACACAAAACAAAGAACAGUCUUUACUGUACACAAUUGACAAAUAUGUACUUGAUUCUGAGAUACCUUUUCUGGCAGGGCAAUUAAAUAACAUGUGAUUAAGAGUUAGCCAGGGCUUUCCCCUCUCCUCCCUGUUUGUCUUGCCUUUUUUUUUUUAUUGUUUACUCUGUUGUACUGUAUCCUAGCACAUUUUUUGAAAUUUUAAAUCAUUGGUCAAUUUUUUAUGUGUAAGUAAAAUUAUGUAAGUGUUAAUAAAUUACUGUAAUAUGUACAUAUGAUCAGGAGCCAUUGUAAAAUACUGUAGAAUUCCAGUGAAACAAUUCAGCUUAUGAUAGGAGACCCACUGAUCCACAGCUCUUCCUCAGCGCUGUGGGUAGCUAAUGUAGCAGAUAAUGAUGAAAAGAUAAAUUCCGAGGCUCUGGUUGUUUUGUUUGUGUUUUGGUGUGGUCCAGAUGAUGGAAUUAAGAAAAUCUUAUUGCCAAUAUUACAUUAGUCACCAUAAUAAGUAGGCGUGCAGUAGGUCUGUCACUUUGGCUUGUGUGACGUGCACAUCCAUCUGAGCAGAGAGUCAUACUGUAUGGGCAGUAAUAACUGACACCUUUCACACGUAUUAUUUAAAAGGUGUUUGGCUGACUUACAUUUUGGUUUGAAGUGCAUAAAUAUAACUAUGAACAUGAAGCUGUUUGGUAGCAGUACUGCUUGUUAGAGGCCUUUAGAGAUGAGUUAUUAGCUUGGUAGAAUCAAGAUCCCAGAUCACCUUUCAUAUAGUCUGUAUAUACCACAUUUAGUGUGAAUAUACUUCAGUAGGACCAAGAACUGGAGCUGUUUGCAAACUUACAAAAACACCAUCACAAUGACUUGUGCACUUUAGCAUUUUAGUUACAGUAGUAACAUUAAUGAUACUGACCAUUUAUCCACUGACUGGUGCCAUCGUGUUUCACAGUAGAUUGCUGUUGAUUUAAGGCAAAUGCUUAAUUUUCUAGUUUGAUACAUAUUCUAUAUUUUUUGAAUUUUUAACUUUUUAAAUUUAUUAUUAUUAUUAUUAUUGGCAUUUGGUUAGGUACAGAUUGAAGUACACUAUUUCAUAUUAAGCACCAGUUAGCAGGCAAGGAAAAUGACACUAUAGUAUAUUAAUAUACACUAUAUUGCCAAAAGUAUUCACUCACCCAUUCAAAUCAUUGAAUUCAGCUACUCCAGUCACUUCCAUGGCCACAGGUGUAUAAACCAAGCACCUACAAAUGUC